CAAGCAUCUUCUUCAAAUCCGAUUUCACCUACCCCUUCCUUGGGUGAUGUUUUUGGUCGUUCUGAAAAACCAAAAAAUCUUUCACGAAUGUUAUUGCAUCCGAAAAAAUUUUUAACUUCGCCUAGAAAUCAACUCAAGCGUUUUAAUUUAUUUGGCUUAAAAAAUAAAAAAAUUAAAGACUCGGCCGAUAUAAAAUUUAUCAAUUCACAAACUUCCAUAUUCCCUAUGAUCAACCAUUUAGUCGAUGAUGAUACUACAAGUGUACGCUCCCUCUCUACACUUGAUCGUAAAUCAAUCCCCAUCCAAUUUUCUCAUGAAAGCUUGCCACCAAUUUCUCAAAAUUAUGGUAGUUCCUCCAUAAUAAACUCUGAUUCCUUACAAGAUGAGGAUGAUGACGAUUGGGAUAUCAAUAUUGUUAGUAUUUGUGAUUCUUCUCGAUCAAAAUCUUUAAAAAUGUUACAACGCAGUCGUGAAUCUAUACCUUCUGUUCUUAUUAAAGGAAAUCAUCGAUCUGCUCCUAGCGAAAGUUGGGAUGAUGAUUUUGACCUUGAUAACAAUGAAAUAAAUGUUCCUAAUUCUGUUGAAGAAGCUCAAUUGUCUUUGAGAAUGGAUAUAUCUAAUAUUCGUGAUUUUGCUUCUCAAGUUGAAGGUUUUACUCGAUCAACAAUUAAAAAAUAUAAAGACCUAGAAAAUCUAUUUAAACAAGAUUGGGAAGAAGCUACUGUAAUAAUUGAUCUUUCUGAUGUAGCUCAAGAUAAACAAUCUUCAUUAGAUGAAGAGGACCGUGUUAAAGUUAAGAUCGAGAGAAUACCUUCGGAACGACAUGUACAAGUAUUUAAAAAGAUUAUAAUAGAUGAAUUAGGUGAAGAUGCCCGUAACGUAAUAUUCGUGGAUGAUGAUAAAGAAAAUAAUUAUUAUGACAGUAAUUGCUCUGACUCAUCUAGUAGUAGUGCUGGUAUCACUCAUAGUUCCAAAAAACAAAAAUUGGCAAAUGGUGAGAGCAGUAGCAAUGGUGGAUGUAAUAAGGGAUGUACAAAAUGUAAAGAGAAUUUUAGAAUUAGUAUUGAAAUAAUGCCAAGUUUAAUCGAUCAUCUGAAAAAGUUAAGAAAUAGAUUAUCGGAGCACUUGAAUGAAUUAAAAACUUUGCAAGCAUCUUCUUCAAAUCCGAUUUCACCUACCCCUUCCUUGGGUGAUGUUUUUGGUCGUUCUGAAAAACCAAAAAAUCUUUCACGAAUGUUAUUGCAUCCGAAAAAAUUUUUAACUUCGCCUAGAAAUCAACUCAAGCGUUUUAAUUUAUUUGGCUUAAAAAAUAAAAAAAUUAAAGACUCGGCCGAUAUAAAAUUUAUCAAUUCACAAACUUCCAUAUUCCCUAUGAUCAACCAUUUAGUCGAUGAUGAUACUACAAGUGUACGCUCCCUCUCUACACUUGAUCGUAAAUCAAUCCCCAUCCAAUUUUCUCAUGAAAGCUUGCCACCAAUUUCUCAAAAUUAUGGUAGUUCCUCCAUAAUAAACUCUGAUUCCUUACAAGAUGAGGAUGAUGACGAUUGGGAUAUCAAUAUUGUUAGUAUUUGUGAUUCUUCUCGAUCAAAAUCUUUAAAAAUGUUACAACGCAGUCGUGAAUCUAUACCUUCUGUUCUUAUUAAAGGAAAUCAUCGAUCUGCUCCUAGCGAAAGUUGGGAUGAUGAUUUUGACCUUGAUAACAAUGAAAUAAAUGUUCCUAAUUCUGUUGAAGAAGCUCAAUUGUCUUUGAGAAUGGAUAUAUCUAAUAUUCGUGAUUUUGCUUCUCAAGUUGAAGGUUUUACUCGAUCAACAAUUAAAAAAUAUAAAGACCUAGAAAAUCUAUUUAAACAAGAUUGGGAAGAAGCUACUGUAAUAAUUGAUCUUUCUGAUGUAGCUCAAGAUAAACAAUCUUCAUUAGAUGAAGAGGACCGUGUUAAAGUUAAGAUCGAGAGAAUACCUUCGGAACGACAUGUACAAGUAUUUAAAAAGAUUAUAAUAGAUGAAUUAG